AUGGUGAAACUAACGAUGAGUAGUGCAUCCACGAGCACUAUGACGGAAAUGCAAACUAGUGUUACCUCAACGUCAAGUUGUCCGCAGUUCGAAUCUGCAGUUGUACAUCAUCAAAGCGAAAAUAGAUUGCAUGCGAAAAGAGAGCGAUUGUUGGACGCGCAACUGGAUCGUGAUGUUGAUCUGCACGAACGCUUCACAUCGAAUGCAAGCAGGAAUAUGAGAGAAGUUGAUAAACGUUCCAGUCGUUUUUCCGAAGAACUCCGCAGCCAAAGAUCAAUUCAGAAUGCUCUGGACGGAUUCGUUGAUUCUUAUCAGCGCUCUGGUUCCAUGCGAGCGAUGGAGAGUCGCCUUCAAUCUCCUGUGAUUACGGAGAUAACCGAUGAAGAAUCGGAUGAUCAACUUUCAAAGGUGUAUGAAGCCGAAUCGGUGCAUCGAUCUCGACUAAAGUCUGAGCUGGACAAUCUUUUUGCAUCAGAUGUCCAAGAUCAUGUUCCGCGUAUAUCAAGCACUGUCGUGGUGAACAAAUGCACCGCACUUGCAGUUGUUGUUCUUUUGGUUGCCCUCAAGUUCUUCUCACAAAGUGCGAGCGUCGUUCCUUAUGGCAGCUCAACUUCAUCCAACAAUGGGCCGCCGUCUUUCCUGAGCUUUUCUUCUGGGUCGACGAACUAUGCCAACUCUGGGAACUACAAGAAGGAUAAAGCUCUGAAUGAAUAUCAAACGCAAACUUCUGGACAUCAGCAUUCUGAAAAGGGCCAAGACGCUUCGAACGGGUUUGGUGGACCUCCUAAAGAUCCUCGAUAUAACCGUCCAAACAAACAUCACUAUGAGUCGACGAUUGUCGACCCUUUCGAAGCAUUUCAAAACAUUAUGGGUUCUUCAGGGCCAACGUUAACGUGGCCUGCUGGAGUUUCCGAAAAUCAAGAGUCCAGAACGAGAAUGUCUCAGAUUGUCCGAACAGCGAAUAAUUUCAUUCGACAGUUUCCACGCGACGAAGAUACGGUGCGAAAUGCUGCGAGAUGGGCUCAUGGACGACAACGAAUGGAUUUGCACCCGCCGGACCGUGUUAUCAACUCGUUCGCCACGAACUUCGAAAUUUACAUAGCCAUUGCUAGGAUGCGCAACUUGCAGCUGCUUCAACGGACCACUCCGGAAUUAGUUGAGCAGCUCCUGGAUAAGCUGAAAAAACGAAUGAGCAGUGAUGCACUGUUGCGGUUCGGGAAUCCGAUGGAAACUACGUCAACCUUUGUGCUCGGCAGAACGCCGAUGAAUGAGGCCGUCAGAGGAGGGCAACUGGGAUUCAGCUCCCAAGACAACUUCAUUUACCACUAUUUAAAGCACGGCUUUGACACUGCGAUGGAGGAAGGAACCAUGCCUUGGGAGUCAUUUUCGGGCUACCUGGAUGGCGCUGUGGACGGCGUUGGUCCAUUUCACUACAUUUUAGAAGCGAACGAAUUUAUUGAAAAUUUUCCAGUUGAGCAACUGCGUUUCUUCCCUGAGGAUUCCUCUCUUUGGUCUGUAAACGGUGUGAAGAUUAUUGCUGAAGGAAGAGAUAAGAAAGCCGUCAUUGUGUUUACCUCUCGAUCGAAAAUCUGGUUCGCAACUUACUUCAGAAGAAACUAAAGAUAAUCCUCGUGCUUUUGGACAAAUUUUGUGGCAUUGAAUGAUUUAUUUCCAUUUGCGGUAUGCAUUACUGUAUUUGACGGAAAUGAAAAUACUGUAGAUGGUGAAGUCCUCUCGGAAACGUCAGGAGCUUAUGGUAGAGGUUGCGUAACCUGUGACAUAUCUAGGGCUACGGUUCCCACCGCCACAGUGAUGGUAAAGGGGAUUUCACCGGCAACGGCAAAGGGCGAGUUGAAAUACAGUACUUUUACUCCGUG